AUGAGAAAUGCUUUUGGCGCCUCACGGCAGCCCAUUCUAAGUACAUUCAAUCAGACCUUACGACCAGGUCUCAAGACACAACACAUAUCCUUUCAAAGAUCGACCGGGCAGCAGCGAAGAUUUCUUCGAACAUCACGAUGCCUAGCGGAAGAGAGGAAGUCCUUCCGAGGGCAGCUCUACGAAAGUACUGCGCAGCGCUUAGCACGAGAGCGAGCAGAGGAAGCCAAAUAUAUUGAGAACAAGCAGAAAAUGGGACCAAGCAAAGCCUUGCAAACUUUUGCUUUGACCAUACUCUUCCUCGCGGGCUGCGGCACGGCUUACUAUAUGGGUACUCUACUACCAAAAGAACUCCCUCGAACGUCUACUACACCUCUUUCCGCCGCGCGACCUCCUGUACAUGACACGCGAGACACCGUUCUCCAGGCUGCCUGGGUAGACUUUGCGCAGAUAGUUGGCAAAGAGAACGUCUCCACUGAUACCGAUGAUUUGGUUGGUCACUCAGGAUCCGAUUGGUCUACUUACCAGACGAAGCCUGGCGAGAGGCCAUUUAUGAUUGUGUACCCUGCUACUACGGAGGAGGUCUCGGAAAUAAUGAAAGUAUGUCAUUUGAGGAAAAUCCCUGUCACCGCGGUAUGUGGAGGGACGAGUCUAGAAGGACACUUUGCACCUACAAGGGGAGGGAUAUGCAUUGACUUCAUGAGGAUGGAUAACAUCAAAGCGCUACACAAAGAGGAUUUGGAUGUAGUGGUGCAACCUGCCGUGGGGUGGGAAGACUUGAAUGAGGUGUUGGCAGAAGACGGACUUUUCUUUCCACCAGAUCCCGGACCAGGGGCGAAAAUUGGUGGUAUGGUGGGAACUGGCUGUUCAGGCACAAACGCAUAUCGAUAUGGAACUAUGCGAGAAUGGGUGGUGUCGCUGACAGUCGUGAUGGCAGAUGGGACGAUUGUCAAAACGCGCCAGCGGCCGAGGAAGUCGAGCGCAGGAUAUGAUCUUACAAAGAUGUUUAUUGGUAGCGAGGGGACCCUUGGACUCGUCACCGAGGCAACUUUGAAGGUGACAGUCAAGCCGAAGAGCGAAAAUGUUGCUGUUGCAACCUUUCCAACGAUUCAUUCAGCAGCCGAAUGCGUAUCGAAGGUGGUAGGCGAAGGUAUUUUGGUUGCUGGCGUAGAGAUUCUUGAUGACGAGCAGAUGCGGUGCAUAAACAAAAGCGGUAGGACUAGCCGGCAAUGGAGCGAGUCGCCAACACUGUUCUUCAAAUUUGCUGGCUCACCCUCAGGCGUGAAAGAACAGAUUGGCACUGUACAAAGAUUGGCAAAGCAAUGUCACUCAGAAAGGUUCGACUUCGCCAGGAACGCCGAUGAGGCUAGGGAAUUGUGGAGCGCGAGGAAAGAGGCUCUAUGGAGCGUAAUGGCUAUGAGAAGAGAUGAAAGUGAUCAUGUGUGGACCACAGACGUUGCUGUGCCAAUCAGCAGAUUGCCGGAUAUCAUAGAAGAGACGAAAGAAGACAUCAGAAGGAGUGGAUUGCUCUGUGGAAUGGUAGGACACGUUGGUGAUGGAAACUUUCACGCUAUCCUACUCUUUAAUGAGGCCGAGCGAAGGACAGCAGAAGAUGUCGUCCACCGCAUGGUGAAACGCGCGGUCGAGAUGGAAGGCACAGUCACCGGCGAGCAUGGAGUGGGAUUGAUCAAGCGAGACUAUCUAGAACAUGAGUUGGGGAGAAAUGCCGUCGAUGCUAUGCGGAAGGCAAGUGUUCCUCAUAUACCGCACCCUCGUUCUCGUUUGAGGCUGACUGGAGUAUCUCAACAGCUGAAGCAAGCAUUUGAUCCAAUGUGUCUUCUCAAUUGCGACAAGGUUGUAAGAGUCGAACCUCCACGAAAGGGUGAGGUCCAGCCGUGGUAG